UGCGCGUGCGCGCGAGAAAAAGAGAGAGAGACAGAGAGAGAGCGACCGAACGGGCGGGCGCGUGCGUGUCCCUGGCCAUCCUGUCCGGCCGGGCCCUCCUUCCGCGGGCCUCGGGUUCCGGCCUCGGCUGCGCUCCGGCGAGGGCGCUAAAUGGGGAGCUCCGCGCUGGCUCUGGCCGCCUUCGCCGUCUCCGCCGCCGCCAUGGAGCAAGGAGGCGGUGGUUGCGGGAGGGGGUGAUCGGUCGCCCCUUUCUUCCGUCUCCUGCGCGGCCCCCUUCCCCCCGCCCCCCAUGAGACUCUGCCUGGCCUGGCUGGGCUGCCUCGCCGUCUCGCUGUGGCUGCUGAGGAGGAGGAUGUGGUCUGGCCCCGCGCGCUACCUCCGGAGCCCUUUAUCCCGCUCUCUCUACGCGAACAUGAUGAGCGGCCCCGGGCAGGCGGCGCCGGGCGACAAGGAGAACCAGCAGUGGUAUCUGUGCAAUACGGAACAGUUGUAUGAAGCCCUUCAGCCUGUCUUCAUCCAGAGUUACCUUGACCAAGGGACGCGGAUCUUUUUAAACAAUAGUAUUGAGAAAUCUGGCUGGUUAUUCAUUCAACUUUAUCACUCCUUUGUAUCCUCCGUUUUUAGCCUCUUCAUGUCCAGGACGUCUAUCAAUGGCUUGCUGGAAAGAGGUUCCAUGUUUGUGUUUUCACCUGAACAAUUUCAGAGACUGCUCAAAAUCAACCCAGACUGGAAGUCGCGUCGGCUUCUCGAUUUAGGAGCCGGAGAUGGUGAAGUCACCAAAGUCAUGAGUCCCCACUUUGAAGAAACGUACGUGACCGAGUUGUCUGAGACCAUGAUUUGGCAGCUUCAAAAGAAGAAAUACAGGGUGCUUGGCAUCAACGAAUGGCAGAACACGGGAUUCCAGUAUGACGUCAUCAGUUGCUUGAACCUGCUGGAUCGCUGUGACCAGCCACUGACGGUCUUAAAAGAUAUCAGGAGCGUGCUGGAACCGACGAGAGGCCGAGUCAUCCUGGCACUAGUUUUGCCUUUUCAUCCCUAUGUGGAAAAUGGUGGCAAGUGGGAUAAACCCUCCGAAAUUUUGGACAUCAAAGGACAGACGUGGGAGGAGCAGGUGAACAGCCUGCCGGAGGUUCUCAAGAAAGCCGGCUUUGCCAUCGAAGCCUUCACUAGAUUACCGUACUUGUGUGAAGGCGACAUGUACAACGACUAUUACGUCCUGGACGACGCGGUCUUCGUUCUCAGGCCCAUCUGAGUCGCGUCCUGGGAAGUCCGGCCGGAAGCCACCAGCAUACGGAAACGUUUCGAUUCUUCGUCUGGGUUUGGGUUCUUGUUGAUUUGGGUGGUUUUCGUUUUGAAUUUAUGAUCCCUUCCUGGCAGAGGAAGGGUUUUUUUGUGGUUGUCUAAUCUCAGUGGACUUCUUGAACUGAAAAUGGGGAAAAAAAAAUACUAAUUUUUUCGGAACACCCUCCUUUCCUUCCUUCCUUCCCUCCUUUUUUUCUUUCUUUCUUCCUUUUUUUUUUUAAAAAAAGGACAUCUUUUGUAAAAGAUCAGAGUUCUCUCCCAUUUAAGGUUUCUUAAAAACCCAGGACGUGUGUGAUUGAAAUGGAAAUAUUUUUAUACCUAGCCGUUCGGGACUACCAGUCGAGUAGUUGCCAAGAAAUAACACCAGCCCAGGUGGGGUUUUUUUUUUUCCCCUCAAGGACGCAAAAAGCGAGCGCCGACAGUAGAGCCGUCUUAUCCGCUCAACUCGGAAUCUGGGCUGGUCAAAAGUCGGGCUAGACUGUUUUUUUAUUUUUAUUUUCUUUCUUCCGUGUUCCUGAAAUGAUUUGAUCUGUUGGUCUUCAGCACAUGUUUUUAAUCACGCUAAUAAAACUUUUUUUUCGAGG